CCUUCCCCCAACAGUGGGGGCGGGAGCCGCUGGCAGGCCCCUACCUGCCCCGGCAGGCUGAGCGCUGGUGCGGUGCCCGGCUCGAGCUGACCCCCCUCCGGUAGAGCCUGCCUGAGUUCCUGUCUCCACCCUCUUUCUCACCGCGAUGGUGGCUGUUCCCUUUUGCCCCAGCUCCCUCAGAUCAACCCCUGAAUUCCCAGUCGUCGGGAGACGCGAACAGCGAUGGGUGCUGGGGUCUUGUGGAGGUCCUGGGCUUUAUUAUUCCCAAAGGAGCCCCCCGCGGGCCUGCCCCCCUGGUCUGGUUGGCGUCGGAGAGAAGAGGCAGGGGAAAUUGAGAAAGGUGUAACGGGCUGGGACUUCCUAGCAGAACUUUUUCCUCCACCGCAAGCUUCUGAAAGCUGCGCCACUGGAGUGAUCCUGGACCUCAGAGAGCUGAGUACUUUGAUUUGACCGUAGCAUAUAGGGGAGCAGGUUUUUGUUUUUGUUUUCCUUUCUUCUUUUAAGCAAAGAGGAUAUUCAUUUUGUCGGUGAAAGUCUCCAGCCACAUCAGAAAAGCUCCAAGAAAGGCUUAUGUCUCACCUCCCCUUUGUUAGGCUUUGGAGUUACGUAGAACGAAAACAUGAAGGAAUUAAAGGAGCCCAGGCAGCGCAAAGAUAACAGGCGCCCAGAUCUGGAAAUUUAUAAGCCUGGUCUUUCUCGACUAAGGAACAGACCUAAAAUCAAGGAACCCUCUGGGAGCGAGGAAUUUAAGGAUGAAUUUGUUAAUGACAGAGAUUCUUCUGCUGUUGGAAAUGGUACACAGCUCAUUAAAGAUGCCUGCAAGAAACUGGACAGCCAACAGCAAAAUGGUCCUCUAGACUCAGAAAAUAAUCAGGGGCAGGAAACCUUUCAUAGGACUGCUGGACAAGAGGAUCGAAGUCUAAGAAUCAUCAAAAGGACAAAGAAACCAGACCUGCAGAUCUACCAGCCUGGACGGCGUUUGCAGACUGUUAACAAAGAGUCAGCCAGCCGAGUGGAUGAGGAAGAGAUCCUUAACCAGGUAGAACAGCUGAGAGUAGCAGAAGAUGAGUGUAAGGGAAAAGUUGUGAAAGAGGAAGUUGUGAAUAAACCAGACAAAACUGAGACAGAAAAGAGCCAAAAUAGUGACAGAAUAAGGUCUUCAAAGGGAGAAAAAGGAAAAAGGAUUGAAACGGGAGAGGGGACAAAGAAAGUGAAUAAUGAUAUGGCCCAGGGGAAGCUGGGUUCUGCAAAGCGCUACUCGCGCUCAGAUAAACGAAGGAACCGAUACCGAACUUGCAGUACCAGCUCAGCUGGUAGUAACAACAGUGCUGAGGGAGCUGGCCUGACUGAUAAUGGAUGCCGCCGCCGCAGGCAGGAGCGGACCAAGGAGAGGCCACGACUGAAGAAGCAAGUAUCUCUCUCCUCAACUGAUUCCUUAGAGGAUGACAGAAUUGAUGAGCCUGAUGAAUUGGGGCCCAAGAGGAGCUUAGAAAGGAGGAAACAUUCAGAAAGAAACUGGUCUGGCCAUGGGGAGGGUGAGCAGAAAAGCAACGGUAAAGAAAAUCGAGGUACUCUUCGUGUCACUUUUGAUGCAGAAACCAUGAACAAAGACUCCCUUAUGGUGAGGUCAGCCAGGGAAGAUGUAGAUGAGAUAAAGUCUGACAAAGGCCUAAGUAGUGAGGGGAGAGGUUCUGAGAAGCAGGAGUCCAAAAACCCCAAACAAGAACUCCGGAGUCGGGGUCGUGGGAUUCUGAUUCUGCCUGCCCGUACUGCUCUGUCUGUCAAUUCAGCAGGUUCUCCAGAAUCUACACCUUUGGGACCUCGGCUUUUAAUUGGAUCUGGUAAUAAGGGAUCUCGGAGUUGGGGCCGUGGAGGCACCACCCGCCGACUGUGGGACCCGAAUAAUCCUGAUCAGAAACCUGCUCUAAAGAGCCAGACACCACAGUUACAUUUCUUGGACACUGAUGAUGAAGUCAGCCCUACAUCUUGGGGUGACUCACGUCAGGCCCAAGCAUCUUACUAUAAGUUUCAAAAUUCUGACAACCCCUAUUAUUACCCUCGAACACCUGGCCCUGCCUCCCAGUAUCCCUAUACAGGUUAUAGCCCCCUACAGUACCCAGUGGGUCCUACAAAUGGUGUGUACCCAGGGCCUUACUACCCAGGCUAUCCAACUCCACCAGGACAGUAUGUAUGUGGCCCUCUCCCUGCCAGCACCAUGAGUCCUGAGGAGAUAGAGCAGCAUGUGAGGAACAUGCAGCAACAGGAGUUACAUAGGCUUCUCCGGGUGGCUGACAACCAGGAACUGCAGCUCAGCAACCUGCUUUCCAGGGAUCGCAUCAGUACUGAGGGCAUGGAGAAGAUGACUCAACUCAGAGCUGAACUGCUGCAGUUGUAUGAACGUUGUAUUCUAUUAGAUAUUGAGUUCUCUGAUAAUCAGAAUGUGGAUCAGAUCCUGUGGAAGAAUGCUUUCUAUCAGGUGAUUGAAAAGUUCAGGCAGCUUCUCAAGGAUCCAAAUGUUGACAACCCAGAACAGAUUCGGAACAGACUUUUGGAGCUCUUGGAUGAGGGUAGUGACUUCUUUGAUAGUUUGCUUCAGAAACUGCAGGUUACUUACAAGUUCAAACUGGAGGACUACAUGGACGGUCUUGCCAUUCGUAGCAAGCCAUUACGCAAGACAGUAAAAUAUGCCUUGAUCAGUGCCCAGAGAUGUAUGAUUUGCCAAGGAGAUAUCGCACGGUAUCGAGAGCAAGCCAAUGACACAGCAAACUAUGGGAAAGCACGCAGUUGGUACUUGAAGGCCCAGCACAUUGCUCCCAAGAAUGGGCGCCCCUACAACCAGUUGGCUUUGCUGGCAGUGUAUACGAGGAGGAAGCUUGAUGCUGUAUAUUACUAUAUGCGCAGUUUAGCUGCCAGCAACCCUAUCCUGACUGCCAAGGAGAGUCUAAUGAGCUUGUUUGAAGAGACCAAACGAAAGGCAGAACAAAUGGAAAAGAAACAGCAUGAAGAGUUUGAACUAAAUCCUGACCAGUGGCGAAAAGGAAAGAAGUCUACCUUCCGGCAUGUUGGAGAUGACACCACUCGUUUGGAGAUCUGGAUUCAUCCAUCCCAUCCCCGGUCUUCCCAGGGAACUGAAUCUGGGAAGAUUUCCGAGCAGGAGAAUGGGCUGGGCAACCUGAGCCCCAGUGAUCUGAACAAAAGGUUCAUCCUCAGUUUUCUCCAUGCCCAUGGGAAGCUGUUUACCCGGAUUGGGAUGGAGACAUUCCCUGCAGUGGCUGAAAAGGUCCUCAAGGAGUUCCAGGUGUUGCUGCAACAUAGCCCGUCUCCUAUUGGAAGUACCCGCAUGCUGCAGCUUAUGACUAUCAACAUGUUCGCUGUACAUAAUUCCCAGUUGAAAGAUUGCUUUUCAGAGGAGUGUCGCUCUGUGAUCCAGGAGCAAGCUGCGGCCCUCGGCCUUGCCAUGUUUUCUCUACUGGUGCGGCGCUGCACCUGCCUACUUAAGGAGUCUGCCAAAGCUCAGCAGUCCUCUCCUGAGGACCAGGAUGACCAAGAUGACAUCAAGGUAUCUUCCUUUAUCCCGGACCUGAAGGAACUGCUCCCCAGUGUGAAAGUAUGGUCAGAUUGGAUGCUCGGCUACCCAGACACCUGGAAUCCUCCACCCACAUCUCUGGAUCUGCCAUCACAGUUUGCUGUGGAUGUAUGGUCAACGCUGGCUGAUUUUUGUAACAUACUGACUGCAGUGAAUCAGUCUGAGGUGCCACUGUACAAGGACCCGGAUGAUGACCUCACCCUCCUUAUCCUGGAAGAGGAUCGGCUUCUCUCAGGCUUUGUCCCCUUGCUAGCUGCCCCUCAGGACCCCUGCUACGUGGAGAAAACCUCGGAUAAGGUUAUUGCAGCCGACUGCAAAAGGGUCACAGUGCUGAAGUAUUUUCUGGAAGCCCUUUGUGGACAAGAAGAGCCUCUGCUGGCAUUCAAGGGUGGAAAAUAUGUGUCAGUGGCACCCGUCCCAGACACCAUGGGAAAGGAAAUGGGAAGCCAAGAGGGAAAACAACUGGAAGAUGAGGAAGAAGAUGUGGUGAUUGAAGACUUUGAGGAAGAUUCGGAGGCUGAAGGCAGCGGGGGCGAGGAUGAUAUCAGGGAACUGCGGGCCAAGAAGCUGGCUCUAGCCAGGAAGAUAGCCGAGCAGCAGCGUCGCCAAGAAAAGAUCCAGGCUGUCCUGGAGGACCAGAGUCAGAUGAGGCAGAUGGAGCUGGAGAUCAGACCUUUGUUCCUCGUACCAGACACCAACGGCUUCAUUGACCACCUGGCCAGUCUGACGCGACUGCUGGAGAGCAGGAAGUACAUCCUGGUGGUUCCCCUCAUCGUGAUCAACGAGCUGGACGGCCUGGCCAAGGGGCAGGAGACCGACCGCCGGGCUGGGGGCUAUGCCCGUGUGGUACAAGAGAAGGCCCGGACGUCCAUCGAGUUCCUGGAGCGGCGCUUCGAGAGUCGGGACUCUUGCCUACGGGCCCUCACCAGCCGGGGCAAUGAACUUGAAUCCAUCGCCUUCCGCAGUGAGGACAUCACUGGCCAGCUGGGUAACAAUGAUGACCUGAUCCUCUCCUGCUGCCUCCACUACUGCAAAGACAAAGCUAAGGACUUCAUGCCCACCAGCAAAGAGGAGCCAAUCCGUCUACUGCGGGAGGUGGUGCUGCUGACUGACGACCGGAACCUGCGUGUGAAAGCGCUGACGAGGAAUGUGCCUGUACGGGACAUCCCAGCCUUCCUCGCGUGGGCCCAGGUGGGCUGAGGGGACCACACCGGGGCCCACCCCACUGGAACCGUUCCUGACCGGCCACCGGGUGCCAGGUGUAGCACGGAAGAUGCCCACGUGCCUGAGCCACCAAUCCACCCCGACAAUAAACCAUCCUCUUCCAACCCACGCCGUGGCCAUGCUGUGGGGGAGCUGCUCCUCACAGAGCCCCCCAAGGGUUGGUGGAAGCUGCUGGGACCCGCCUGGGCUGCCAAGAUUUAGUGGGGAGGUGGCUAGCUACAGCAGCAGCAGUGGGCAAGCCAGACGGGCUGCCCGUGCCUCAGCCUCUCUCCCUUCAGUCUCACUCCGGGGAUGGGAAAGGCCUGCUCGCCCAGGGACUGCCCUGCUGUCUCCGAUGGCGAUGGGGCAGGAUUUUUAGUGUUUCCUUCAGAUGCAGGCGAAGUCAGGUCCCUUUCAUCUGUAGCACCUCUGUCCUACAUAUGUACAAGAGGCUUUGGCUAUAUCAUGAAGAGAGUGUCCAGGGUGUGUCUCCAGCUCCCUGAGGCUUGGAUCCCCUGUGGACCCAGGUUGGGUUCUGGACAACAUGUCCCUAGCAGCAGCCCCCGGCCCCACCUCCUCUACCCCCGCCCAGACACACACCCAUCCUGCUGCUCUGCUUCCUGUCCACAUCAGUCUGGGUCCCUUGCACUUUGCCCCUUGUUUUCCCUUAGACAGUCAUGGGCCUACAGGGAAGAGACAUCUGGUCUCAGACCCGUGCUUCCUGGGUGGCCUUCUCUUGUUCCCUCUGUUGGGGGGGUGCGGGUACCGGGAAUCAAACUCAGGACCUCAUGCUUGCCAGACAGGCGCUGCAUCACUGAACUGAAUCCCCGGCCCCACCUUCCUUUUGCUGUAGUUCCCCCUUCCAGAAAUUUCUUGACUCUUCUUGUCACCGCCACCAUUGGCCACCCACAACAUCCCCUCAUCCUCCUUCCCUUGCUUUUUGGUCCCUUUUACCCUCCCUAAGCCCCUUAACUUCCUCCACUCAGUUCCUUGCCAUGGGGUUCUCAGCUACCUGCCACAGGAAACUAAUCAGGCGUUCCCACUUGCUCCCCAGGCCCCCUGCGUUACAGGAAGUUUCCAGGCUGCUACAGCCCAGCCUGUGGGUAGGAUGGUCAGUGCCUGGAGGAGCAUUACACAGCCUGAAGCAUUUGCCUUGUUUCCAGCUUUACCCUCCACUUCCCAGAACUGCCACAGAGCCCGUUUAGCUUUGAAGUUUUUUGUUGCCUCUUUAGCUGGUAGCCAUGUUCACAACCUCAUGGAGGCUUUCUACAACGAAUGAGCUCCUCCAGCCCAGAGAUGAGGAGGUAGGGGAAAGCGGGGUCUUAGGUGAAGGAAGACUGUUGCUGAGACUGGUAGGAUAAUCUCCCCAGCCUACUGUGUGACCGUACAGCCUGCCCAGUGCAUGGGAGUAUACUGUGCCCUCCCAGAGGCCCAAGACUGUGCCAGCAGGAGGGGAGCUGUGCCGGAGCACCAAGGCCAGUGGCUUGGGGGUGUAAAUCCCACAGGGCCUCAAAACUCAGAAGACCAGGCUCUGGAGUGCAGGGCCCUGGCUGUCCUUUGACUGUCCUCCCUGGCUGAGGCCAGUGACUAGGUGGGCGGGAGACCCAUCUCUUUUUCUCUGUCCCAUUUGCAGCACUGGUUGUGUUUCCUUAAUAAAUUUUAGUUAUGAAACGACCUGA